AUGCAGCAUUCAGGGACGUUGCAAACGCUGUUCAACGAAGUCCUGGCAGCUUUGGUUCGAAAUGGACAGCUCAUGAGCAUCAUUACACCACAGGGGCUGCAAAAUCUGUUUGACGUUUCAUACCACCUGCGCCGGGCGGUGCCCUCGCUGUACCUCAGCGCUAUCAAUACCAUCAACAAAACCACCAUUCGGCCUGAUAAAGGUCCGCUAGCUGAUGCGGUGUACGCCAAUCUUCGAUCAAACUUUCCCGAGAUUCCUCCGGGUCCUAGCACGUACGGUUCGCUUCUCUCCAUCCAUACCGAACAAGGAGCAUCUGCGCAGGCAUAUAUCCAUUACCUGGAUGAAUUCGCGAAGUUCCAUGGCGUGGCAGAUAGAAUGAGCUACCAGAAGGUACUGUCAGCCCUUGCUGCUCAAGGCGACAUUGACGGUGUGCAAGAGGUGUUUCUACGCCUUUGCCAAGCCCAUGGGCGUCCAACAGAGCCUGCGUUCUAUACACCACUGUUGUACGUCUAUGCACGUCUUGGUGACGUUUCAAGCACAGAACGAGAGCUCCAGACCAUGGAACAGUUUGGGGUGAAACCAACAGCGUAUGCCUGGAACAUUCUGAUCUAUGCGCACGCGAGGUCCUCCCAGCCUGAGCAGGCUUUGCGGGUCUUAGAUAGGAUGCAGGCCGAUGGAGUAACACCAGAUGUAUACACCUUUACGACGUUGAUAGGCGUCUUCGCCAGAAAUGGCGAUACCGACGCAGUCCUCGAUAUCCUUGAGAAAGCGCAGCAAACCCAAAUAAAGGGCUCAUAUGCCCUCAUCACUGGUUUGGUACAAUCAUAUUGUCUCAAUGAUCAAGCAGAAGCCGCAGAGAGGCUUGCAGCCGCGGCCACAACUGCUGCUCUUCGUGGAAACCCUACGACGAUGUGGAACUAUCUACUGAGGCACUAUGCUUUCCUCGCGGAAUCCAAGAGUAUGCUCCGUGUUCAGCAACAGAUGACUGUGCUCGGUGUUGAUGCUGACGCCAUGACCCAUGCUGCCUUCAUGACUGCUCUUGUGCUACUCGGCAAGACUCGGGAUGCUGUGAAAAUACUAAGGACCCUGAAUAUGAGCCAGACACUUGCUGCUACACCGUUUCAUUAUGCCAUCAUCCUUCAUGGCUUUGCACAAGAAGGUGAUAGGGAUAUGGCCAACGUCAUCUAUCAAGAACUCGUCGAGAGAUUCCCCCGUCUCGGGGCCAGCCCUCGUCUUGCCAUGCUACAUCUGCAAGCUGGCAGGAACCCCAUUGAGAACGAGCGACCAAAGUUUGCCGCUCAAUAUCUGGAAGAGAUCCUUCAUGGACUUUCGACAGAAGACCGAGCGAGUCGUCAACCACAGCCUGGGCUACGCCGCCGGCGGAACGUCGAGGCCAUGCCAUCUCUCUAUGUAGAGUACUUUAUCGACCUUCUCUUGACGAGAGGCCAAGUGAAACGCGCGGAACAGCUUGUCCAGCGAUUUGAAGCCAUGCAUCAGUCGUCCUACUUGCAUUUAAGCAGCAGUGCUUCCAUGUCAAUCCCGUUGCUAUGUGCGCGAUUGUCAGUGCAAGCCGAAAAGCAAGCGUGGGGUGAUGUUGAGGCAACUUGGAGACUCACACUUGAGCGAGCCAUCCAAGUAGGACGACCCUCUCGCAUACGCGAACAAAAAUCACUGCCUGAAAUCAAGGAGAACGACAAGGGGCACACGCAGGAAGCCCUAGCAUCUCUGCCACUGCAGCCCGUGGGACUGCCAGAAGAUGGACUGGCCCCCAGCGACAACUUCACAUUCGGCUCCAUGAUCCCAGAGAGCUCGUUGGAUGCUUUCCCGCUGGACGAACCUGGUCUUGCAAUCCUGUAUUCGCAAAGACACAUGCUCGAGGCCCCUCUCAGUCGUUACAUGCACACUUUGGCUGCGAGGCAGCUCCAGAAUUCUGCUAUUACUCUGGUAGCCAAGAUGGAGAAAGUAGGAUUCGCGUUGACCAGUAAGAACUGGAACAUGUACAUUCAGAUCCUGACGAGAUCUGACGAUCCGGAACACUGGCUGCUUGCUUACAAACUUUUUGAGAAGAAGAUGAUCGCCCAUACUCCACCAUGGCCAGUCCUGCAGCGUGGCAAAUGGCUCCCGCCACAGGAAUCAGAGGGUCUACCUUCGAUCCCCGUGCUUCGCAAGGUGGUGGAGAAGCGAAACCCUGCGCAGCUGAUGCCGAGUUAUUACACUGCUGUCCAUCUUGCCAGUGUCUUGCUCAAAGCCAACAGGCUUGCAGCGGAGGGUAACAAUGCAAUAUAUACGGCUAUCUGGAAGAGAGCACCACUCACGUGCCGCUACAUUCGUCGCAUGCCUUACCUAAAGGACCGUAUUCAAGGGCUCCUGCUGCGUAACAGGAAGAAGAGAAUUCUACCACCCAGACGUCCUCGCCUACACACAACUCCUGACCGUUCUGGAGUGCUGGGCAGCAGAUCGCCCACAGACCAUGUGCCCGUCACGGAGCUAGUUGAUCUGGAAUCAGCACUCAAAAUGGACGCCUCUGAGACAAAGACUUCUGCCGCAAAUGCGAGGACCCGAGACGUUUACCGAGCCGAGCUCUACGAAGGGCAGAUCCCCAGAACCCAGAUCACGCGAGAUGAGAAGCGAGCCCCGAAGAUGGAAGCGGAUUUCGACCGCCGCAUUGAACGGAAGGAAGAAAAGCUGCUGCGGACAUUGCAGCGGAUGCGCAAGGAUGUCUCGCUCUCGCGGACUGUAAGUGACAUGUAUAUCGGUCAUCCAACGAUUCCGUCGAGUGUAAAAUCGCUUCGCACUGGAAAUCCACAUCAAGCAAGGCAGACUCUAUACGGCACGGAGUAUCAGCGCUUGAUUAAGGAAGCCCGGACAAAAAGGCUCUUCCGUGAGCAUCGCAGAGCGGUAUUGAGAAGAAUCUUGCGCGAAGAGAUCCCGAAGAAAAGGGCGGUAGGCAGGAUUCAGGAACUCACAAAUGCCUCGCCAGGACAGGCAACACCCCGGCUUGAUUCAGACAUAAGAGGGUAG